UAGGGCAACUUCAAUGCUUGGGCAUUACUAAUUUUGUCGUGGCCAAAAAAAAUCCAAGUUAUUUUUCCAUUCGAGAUUUUCAAUUUCACUUGACUAGACAAUAGUAUUCUAAAUUACAGAUAAGGUAGUUAAAAAAUGACGGAAGUGAAGAGUCACAAACCUCGAUGUUUUUUUGACAUCGAGAUCGGCGGUAUUGCAGCCGGUCGGAUCGUUAUGGAACUAUUCAAUGACAUCGCACCAAUCACGUGUGAAAAUUUUAGGUCUCUCUGUACAGGAGAGAAAGGCAUUGGAAAGACUACAGGAAAACCCCUUCAUUACAAGGGAAUUGUAUUUCAUCGUGUUGUCAAAGAUUUUAUGAUCCAAUCAGGGGACUUCUCAAACGGAAAUGGAACUGGAGGGGAAUCAAUUUACGGUGGAACUUAUGAAGAUGAGGAAUUUGUUAAAAAGCACGAGCAACCCUUUCUUUUAUCCAUGGCCAACAGAGGAAAGGAUACAAAUGGUUCUCAGUUUUUCAUAACUACCCAGCCUUCACCUCAUUUGGACAAUAUUCACGUUGUGUUUGGUCACAUUAUUUCUGGUCAAGCAGUAGUGAAACAAAUUGAGGGUCUACCGGUGGACAGACGGAGUCGACCAUUGCAAGAUGCUAAAGUUGUGAAUUGUGGAGAACUUGUUCCUAAGGCCAAGCCGAAAGAGGAGAAGAAAAAGCGCAAGGUUUCUGUUUCCAGCGAAAGCAGUAGCGCCAGUAGCAGCAGUAGUAGUGAAUCCGACAGCUCUAUAGAGGAAGGAGAGGUUAAAAAAGAGAAAAAAACUAAGAAAAACAAGAAGAAAACAUCUAAAAAGGACAAGAAGAAAAAGAGAUCGACUAGUGGUGACCAAGGGGAAAAAUCCGAUCAAGAACUUGAAGGGCUGCCUCAUCCGUUGGUGACGCUCUCGAAAAUUAACCCCGACGAAAUCCCCGAGGUUCCGUCUAAUCGCUAUCUUUAUCGAGGUGAAAAAAAGAAUGACGACGCAGAUUCGAAAAAGAAGGGUAAUAAUGAUGAAGAUGAAAGAGGAAGGGAGAAACGACGUGCCCAAAUCCGUGGACGAACUAAAAGUGGCAGGAAAGUCAAGGGACGAGGAUCACUGCGGUACCGGACCCCUUCGCAUAGUCCGUCUCGAAGCCCAACUCCUCCUCAUUGGCGUUAUGAACAACGCAAAACAAUUUCAAUGAAGGAAUUUGAGCACCGUGAAAAGGAAAGGAAAAAGCGAGACGAUGAAUUAAAGAAACGGGAAGAAGAAAGGAAGAAGCGCCACGCUGAAAGGGAACAAGCUGAAAGGCAGAAAGUUCUUCAACGGGAAUUGGAAGAAAUGGAACAGCAACUCAAUAUAAAAGUCCCUUCAGAAAACAAGGAAACAAACAACGGCACUUCUGUUCCAAAGGAGAACGAGAAUAAAGCUGAAGAAAAUUCGUCGAUCGCUAAACCUGACAAAGAAUCAAGUGGAGCUGUUGAUUUUGACCUUGCACUUGAUUAUGAAGAAGAUGCCCCUCAUUCUGACAAUGAAGGAGAAAUCAAAGAAGAUGCGAACGUUAAAACUAUUCAACAUUCCCAGCCAAAGCCCAAAGAAGACGCUGAGUCGUCCGACGACAGUUCUGGUCAAGGAUUAGGAUCGGAUACUUUAGAGAAGCUUCGAGGCAGGAGUCGAUCGGAAUUACCUAGUCCUGAAAGUGAAGACAUCUCUCGGAGGCGUGACUCACGAAAAGGACAACAAUUGCCCGUAACUGGCCUUAGUAGCUUGGCCAAAACAUACGCUGACGAAGAGGCUGCUGCUGCAGCAGCAGAAAACAGUAAACCAGCAGCUCCGGCCACCAAGGUCGCCGAGGAGAAGGUUUCAGCAGAGAUUGUUUUGGCACCUCAGACAAAAGACAACAAUCAGCAGGCCAAAGGAGGCGCGGUCAAGGAGGCGGUGGAGAAAGACAAAGACAGCGGCAACCAUUCCAGCAAGGAUAAACAAACGGAUCGCCGUAGGAGUCGUUCUCGUGACAGGCGUGAUUCACGUGAACGUGAUAAGCAUCACCGUGAUUCAGAUAGGCGUAGGAACGAUAGACGCCGAUCGCGAUCACGCGAUAGAUCCCGCAGGGAUCAUAACAAGAGAAGCCGUUCGAGAUCCCAUGAACGCUCAAGAAGACGCUAAAAUCGUGGAAUUACAAAAUUUGAAGUCACUUGACCCUGAAGUUACACAGAAAUACAAGAAUCAGAACACUA